AUGUAUAAGCUGAGCCCUCAUUUUUCAAUGGCAGAUAAAACAUGCAACAUAUUGUCACUUGUUUUGACAAGUCCCUCUCAUCAGUCUGUGCGUGUCUAUGUUUGUCACCACCCUUUGUCUGUUGGCACCUGUCUUCUGUUGGUAUGUUGCCCUACCACCUCUUUGUUUGUCACCACCCUUUGUCUGUUGGCACCUGUCUUCUGUUGGUAUGUUGCCCUACCACCUCUUUGUUUGUCACCACCCUUUGUCUGUUGGCACCUGUCUUCUGUUGGUAUGUUGCCCUACCACCUCUUUGUUUGUCACCACCCUUUGUCUGUUGGCACCCGUCUUCUGUUGGUAUAUUGCCCUACCACCUCUUUGUUUGUCACCACCCUUUGUCUGUUGGCACCUGUCUUCUGUUGGUAUGUUGCCCUACCACCUCUUUGUUUGUCACCACCUUUUGUCCUCUGUCUUAAUUUGUCUUUCAUUCUCAAACCUUUCACUGUCUGUUCAUAUCUUAGCUCCUUGAUAUUCAUUUAUUUAAGCUGGUUUCUCUCUCUCUCUCUCUCUCUCUCUCUUUUAUUGCUGUCUGUCUGUCUCUCUCUCUCUCUGCUGACUGUGUGUGCAUGUCUCUGUCUCUCUCUGAUUGCUGUCUCUCUGUCUCUGAUUGCUGUCUCUCUGUCUCUCUCUGAUUGCUGUCUCUCUGAUUGCUGUCUCUCUGAUUGCUGUCUCUCUGAUUGCUGUCUCUCUGAUUGCUGUCUCUCUGAUUGCUGUCUCUCUCUGAUUGCUGUCUCUCUGCUGUCUCUCUGA